CUCUUUUGAAUUAAAGCUCACUGGAGGAGCCACUUGAAGGUUUUUUCCAGUCAUCAAUAAUUGGAUAAUUCACUACUUCUAGACAUAAAAGUAAUCUAGUUAGAAAUUAAAGAAUAUGGACACUGCUGCAGCAGAGACUUCACAGCCGAGUCCAUUACUCAGGCCUUUUAGGAGAUUGAAAGAACUACAUCAGUACUAUUUAGAUAAAAUUACGCCUUACGCCACUGGACGGUGGGCAUUCUGGAUCGCGUUAUCAAUCACGUACAUUAUUCGAGUUGUCUUUUUAGAGGGAUGGUACAUAAUAACUUAUGGUUUAGGAAUUUACUUAUUGAACCUCUUUAUCGCUUUCUUAUCACCCAAAGUCGAUCCUGCAACUCAGGAUAUUGAAGAUGAUGGGCCUUCGCUUCCAACAAAAUCUGGCGAAGAGUUUCGACCUUUCAUGCGAAGACUGCCUGAAUUUAAAUUUUGGUACUCGGCAACAAAAGCAGUAGUAAUCGCUAUGAUUUGUACUUGUUUUGAUGCUCUGAACAUACCAGUGUUUUGGCCAAUUUUGGUUAUGUACUUUUUCUUACUAUUUUUCCUAACUAUGAAACGACAAAUUAAGCAUAUGCUUAAGUAUAAGUAUAUUCCAUUUACUCAUGGAAAAGCUGUGUACAAGAGCAAAUCGAACGCUCCUCCCGGUGCACCAAAUUCAUUCGCCCAGGCUACAAAGUGA